AUGACCUUUCUGAUCCCGAGGUACACUACCAUCGCCUGCAAGAAGGAGCAGAAGAUCUCCUCCAAGCUCGACGCAACUGACAAGAAGAAGAUUGAGGACGCAGUUGAUGGCACCAUCCAGUGGCUUGAUGGCAACCAGCUUGCUGAGGAUGACGAGUUUGAGGACAAGAUGAAGGAGCUCGAGGGCAUCUGCAACCAUAUCAUUGCCAAGAUGUACCAGGGUGCUGGUGUUGACAUGGCCUGUGGCUUGGACGAGCAUGCACCAUCUAGAGGUAGUGGGGCUGGCCCGAUGACUGAGGAGGUGGACUAA